AUGAUUUACCCUCUGAUUCUCUCUGGGAUUUUACUUCACAUCACAGAUGGUGCUGGAAUUCAGACAAUGAAUAUCAGAGUGAAAUCUCGAUCACCUGGAAUUAUUCCAUGUCUGUAUGAUAAAAAACAUAAAGAAAACCGUAAAUACUGGUGUAAGGGGUCACAUUUGGUCUCUUGCAGUAUAUUGGCAUAUGCAAAUGAGACAGGAAAAUAUUCCCUCACUGAUUAUCCAGCCCAGAGUAUUUUUACAGUGCAAUGGAAGAAUAUGAAGACCUCAGACACUGGAUAUUACUGGUGUGCUGUGGAGAUCGGUGGCAAAAGAGACGCUGGUUAUUAUUUGUAUCUGAGGGUACAAUCAACUCCUGAUGUGUCUGUGGUGAGCAGCAGUGUAUCUGGACAUGAAGGUGGUGAUAUCAGUGUUCAGUGUUUCUAUAGUUCUGGAUAUAAGAAUGAAGUCAAACAGUGGUGCAGAUAUGAAGAUAAGAGCUGUUACACUGUGGAGAGGACUAACACAUCCCAGAUUUCAUCAGUCCAGAUCAGUGAUGAUGGGAGAAGAUCCUACACUGUGCUGAUGACUGGACUGAGACUGACUGAUUCUGGCUGGUACUUCUGUUCUGUAGGAGAUCUGCAGGUUCCUGUACAACUCACAGUCACUGAAGCCAAAAGAGCAUUUACAACUGCUCCUGUAGCUACACCAUCUCACUCUGAGACAGACAUGCACACGACACAGCCAUCAACCAACAUGAAUCCCACAACUAUGACGAGUGAUUCAAGACCUGUGACAGACGUGCAUGAUGUGAUUCUGGUCAUGUUUCUUCCAGCGAUGCUUGUGCUGUUACUGCUUGUUGCCAUAGUAACCUGGAGACUGAGAAAGAAACCAGUCUUUGGAAAAGAACACAUUCAUCCAAAACUCAUUAGCUACCAGUACCAUCCAAAUCUGUGUUUGUGUUUGAUGCAGAUGCACUGUGAUAACCAGAUGACAUCCAACAGUCCAGCAGAAGCUUCUGCCUCAGUGGAUGAUAGUUCAGUGAUUUACAGUUCUGUGAUCACCUUUUGUAAAGCACCUUCUUCAUCAGUGAACUCAGAAGCUGAAGUGAUCUACAGCUCUGUGAAGAAAACACCCAAGACU